ACACAUUAGCUGCUUGUGGUGAUGUCAAUCGUAAUGUUAUGUGUAGUCCAAAUCCUUAUAUUUCCGAGACUCACGGUCAAGUGCAUGAAUUGGCUAAAAAAUUAAGUGCACACCUGUCACCUCAGACUUCAGCCUAUCAUGAAAUUUGGUUGGAUGAUAAAAUUGUCUCGGGCAGGGCUGUACAAGAUUUCGAACCACUGUACGGUCCAACAUAUCUUCCACGCAAGUUCAAAAUUGCAAUUGCGGUUCCCCCUAAUAAUGAUGUUGAUGUCUAUGCACAUGAUCUAGGAUUCAUUGCCAUUGCAGAAAAAGGUAAAGAUAAAUUAUUAGGUUACAAUGUAACUGUAGGAGGUGGAAUGGGAAUGACUCACAAUAACAAGAAGACAUACCCAAGACUCGCAGAACUUCUUGGUUUUUGUAAGCCCGAUCAAGCUGUCGACGUCGCAGAGAAGGUGAUGUUAGUUCAGCGCGAUUUUGGUGACCGAACUAACCGUAAGCAUGCACGCCUCAAGUAUACAAUUGAUGAUAGGGAUCUUAAUUGGUUCCGCUCGGAGGUAGAAUCUCGUUUAGGAUACAAACUAGAUCCACCGGCUGAAUAUCAUUUUGAAGAUAAUGCUGAUCGAUACGGUUGGACAAAAGGUCUGGGUGAUAAAUGGCAUUUUUGUAUGUACAUAGAAAAUGGUCGUGUUAAAGAUUUUCCAGGAUUACCGACAAAGACCGGACUACGUGAAAUUGCAAAGAUACAUAAGGGUGACUUCCGAUUGACACCUAACCAACAUCUCAUCCUCGGUAAUAUUUCUCAAGCAGAUAAGCCAAAAAUCGAAGAAAUGUUAAAGAAAUACAAGUUAGACAAUCUACAAUUCACCGGUCUUAGAAUGAAUUCAAUGGCAUGCGUGGCGUUACCAACAUGUGGUUUAGCAAUGGCAGAGUCUGAAAGAUAUCUCCCUUCACUAGUCUCAAAAUUAGAAUCUAUUAUAGAGGAAGUAGGAUUAAGAGACGAUGCUAUCACAAUCAGAAUGACAGGAUGUCCUAAUGGUUGUGCACGCCCUUAUGUAGCAGAAAUCGCGUUCGUUGGAAAAACCGUAGGUACAUAUAAUGUUUAUUUGGGAGGAGGAUUUCACGGUCAAAGGUUGAAUAAGCUAUACAAGGAAAACAUGAAAGAAGAUGCGAUCUUAAAAGAGUUAAAACCAAUUUUAUUACGAUAUUCUAAAGAAAGAUUGGAUGGCGAAAGAUUCGGCGAUUUUGUAAUUAGGAAAGGUUAUGUAAAGGCCACCAUUGUCGGAAAAGAUUUUCACGAUUUAUAA